AUGAUUUUUGAGUUAAAAUAAAAUCUUACCUACUAUCAGGUAAUAUAAAAACAAUAACAUUAUAAUAUAAUUUUGUCAACAAUAUUGUAAUAAAAUACUAUGAUUAAUUUACUUUCUAUAAAGUAUAUUAUAGCUAGUAGGCUUGAAUGGAGAUUCUAUAUUUACGUAAUCUCUUGUCAAAAGCUUUUUAAUCGACUUAAAUUACGAAAUAUGACAUUAAAAAUUCUAAUUCUAGAUAAAGCAAAUUUCUAACUCGUCUUAAUAGUCAAAUAUCAUCCUCUCAUUACUAGAAUAAAAUAUUUAAUAUUAAUAAAUAUUUAAAUGACCUUAAUUUAAUUAGAAUUAUAGAAAUUAAAAGAUUUAAAUAUGUUCUAUUAUCUUCUGUUUUACCAGUUAUGUGUAAUACUAAGUUCAGAGAUUUCAAAAAAAUGUGUUUGUGGGCAUGUUCGAAAUGAAAAAGAGUGCAAAAACUCUGACUUUUGCAUUUGGGAGGUUGAUAAAUGUAUUUUAAAACCCGGACAAACAUACAAUAAGGAGAUGAAUAAUUUGAAUCAAUGCAAGAGAUAUGCAUAAGAGGAUUGUCGAGAAUAAGAAAAGUGUGGCUUUUAUUUUGGUUAAUGUAUUGAUUUUGUAGAUUGUAUGGUAUUCGAUAAAGAUAAUUGUUAAGAAUCUUCAUAUAAAUGUGUGUCUGAUGGCUCAAAAUGUGUGCAAAUUUAAGAAUGCGGUGAUUACAAAACAGAGAAUGGAUGUGCCAAUAAAAAUAAGUAUAAAAAAUACUGCUUUUGGAUAGGAGGGAUGGAAAGAAAAUGUAUAGAUGUCAUAACGUGCGAAGAUCUACCAAUAUACUUAACAAAUCAUUAAAUGUGUAAAUCAGGCUUAGAUGGGUGUACAAUAAGUGAGAACGGUUAUGGAUGUAUAAAAUAAAUGGAUUUGUGUCCAUAAUAUCUUAAUGAAUUUUAAUGCUUUGAAAGCAAAAAAAAUAAUUGCUUUUGGGAUGCUAUAAAUGAAAAAUGUGUCGAAAAGGUGUGCGAAAAUCUACUAUUCACUCAGGAUUAUGAAUGUAAGGAAAUUUUAAGUAAUUGUACAACUAACGGAGUGCAUUGUGUAAAAAGGAAAUAAUGUAGUGAUGCUUAGAAUUUAUAUGGUUGUUUAACGGAUUCUGAGGGUAAAAAAUGUGAAUAUCAUUAAAAUUAAUGUAAAAUCAAGAGCUGCAGCACAGCUCCAGAUUCACUUAGGAAUUAUCAAUAAUGUUAGGAUUAUGAUAAUCUAUUAGAUUGUGUUACUUCUGAAAACUAAGGAUGUAAAAUAAGACCUGAAACAUGUAAUGGUUAUGCUUAAGAAAUGGAUUGUUAUUCUAUAGAAUAGUAGGAUUGUGUAUGGUAUAAAAAUAAAUGCGAAUAAAGAUAAUGUUAUCAUGCCCCAGUUUUUUUUACUCAUGCAGAUUGCCAUUAAUAUGGCAAUUGUAUUGGGAAAUUAAAAGGAGGAUGUGAAAUGACACCUUAAUUAUGUGAAGAAAUAUUGGUAAAACAAUUUUUGCAUUUGGCUUGGAGGUAAGUGCGAAUUGUUACAAUGUAAAAAAUUGAAAUUGCCAACCUAUAAAAAUCAUCAACGGAUUGCACUCAAAUGAUAACCAAAAAUCAAUGUUAAUUGAACUUAUAAGAUGGAACAAAUUGUUUUUGGACUGGAACUAAAUGUAAGAAGUAACAAUGUUUAGAUGCUCCUAAAGUGAAUUACACGAACAAUGUUGAAUGUAACACUUGGUUGAAUAUUUGUAUUUUUGAUCAUUAUUAUGGAGGAUGCAAAGAUCGACCUAGUCCCCUUGCCUGUUCAUCUUCUCCAAAUAAUAUCAUGUAUAAUAAUCAUUAAGAAUGUUUUGCUUGGAAUCCUAAAUGCACAGUGAUUUCCUCUUUUAAUGCUGAAGGAUGUGAACCAAAAAAAGCAAAUUGUCAUGAAUUCAUCAGGCAAAGAAAUUGUAAGACAAAUAUAAAUGGUUAAUUUUGUUAUUGGGAUGAUAAAUUAUAAAUGUGUAUGAAUGAGGAUGAGGAAAAUAAUGGAAUUGCUGAUUGUGAUAAAAGACUUUAUGGAGAUCUAACUCAUCAGGAUUGUGAAGAAUUCAUGCCAAAGUGUACAAUAAAUAAUAUAGGUAAAUUCUGUUCAGAUCUUUAAUGGGUUUGCGAAUAUUAUAAAUAUCAAUAAUAAUGCGUAAUUGAUAAAGAUUAUUCACCUUGCAAAUGGGAUAAUCAAAAUUAAAUCUGUAAAUCUGUGGUUUGUACUGACAAUACUACUGCUUAAACUGAAGCUGAAUGUAUAAGAUUCAGAUUCUAGUAUGAUUGCCAACUAAAAAUAAAGUCUAAUGGAACAUAUGGUCCUGGUUGUGAAAAGAGACCCAACAACUGUUGGGAUGUUACAGAUCCUAUCGUAUGUAAAUUAACGCUGACAUAUUAAUAAACGAGAUGUUAUUAUUUAAAUUCUCAAUGUUUUUAAAUACAAUCAUCAUAAUGCGAAUUAAUUACUGAUAGUCAAAGUAAUGAACUUUGUCAGUAUUAUAAUCCUUAGUGUGUCCUUUAACCAAGUGGAUAAGGAUGCUAUUCAAUUAAUAGUUGUAAUGAUUUAUCGAAUAAGGUUUGUAACAGCUCCCUUAUGCGAAAAAAUUAAAGAUGCAUAUAUUAAGACAAAUGUAAUGAAGAUAUUUGUUCCUCCAGAUAUGUUUCUUAAAGUAGUUGUAGUGGAUAAAAAACAUAAUUUGGAAUAUCUUGCUUAUACACAUAAUGUCCUAGCUCUUCCUCUUGCGGAUACUAAUGCAUCAAUUAAACACAAUAAACGAAUUUAACAUUUCCUUCUACAGCAACCCUCUAAGACAAAAGAGUGCAAUGUUAAAGCUUCUCUUCAUUAUAUAGGUAUGAUACCAGUUGUAAUUGCUGUAUAUUAUUGACUUAGUGUAGCUUGUAAGUAGGCCCACAAUCUCUUUGUAAUUUAUCAAUUAACCAGAGUGGGGUUAAAUGUGGAUAUAAUCUAUCGAAUAAUACUUGCUAAGAAAGAAUCUGCUCACAUUUAAAUUCCUCGUAUGCCCUUUCGUAAUUAAUUUGCUAUAAUUGGGGCUAUAAUUGUGUAUAUGAUGUUACUGGUUGUAAGACUUUCUCAGGUGAUUUUUCAACUAUUAGUUUAAUAUAAUAAUGUUAUUCUAAUCCUUGUUUUUGGUAUGAUGGUAAAUGCGUCAAUUAUGUAAAUUGUGAGCUUAACACUACGGCAGUGACUAAUCGGGAAUGUUUAUUAAAUAAUAGCUCUUUAUGUAGAUUAAAUCACGCUCUAGGCAAAGGUUGUGCUUUUACUUAUUGUGAGAUUAUAUAUCAUAUAUUUAUAAUGGAGAAAGAUGUUAGUGGCUCUCCGGCGGUUGCAGGAGAAAAACAUGUGCAGGUCAUUUAGUAUAACUCUGAUUGUGAAAACAGUUACGGCUAUAUUUAUCCAUUUGCUACAAAAUGUUAUUGGUGUUCGCUUUAAAAUACUAAAUGUUCUAAUAAUAAAUACUGCAGUCUUGCUAGCAUGACUACACCUUAAACACAUGAGGAUUGCAAUAGUAACAAUGUCGCACAAACAAUCUAAUUAACAAUGAGCUCAAAGUGCACUCUCAAAUAAUAAUAAUGUUCAAAUUACACAUAUAAAGAGGCUUGUGUAAAAACAAUAGAUAAUAUAGAAUGUUAUUGGAAUUCUAAUGCUUGUAUAAAUUAUUGUGACGCAGCAGCUCAAAUAAUAUCAACCUGGACACAUUCAUCAUGUCAAAGUUGGAAGGAUACUUGUAUGUCAUUAAAUAAUUUGGGAUGUCAACUACUUGAUUGCUCAUUGUUAACAACAAUUGAAGACUGUACUAUUUUUAAUCCAAAGUGUUUUUGGGAUGGUUCAACCUGUUAAACUAUUAGUGAUUGUAGCAGGUACUCUGACACCUUGUGCUUAAAUACGAGUAAUUCAUUAGGAAUCCCUUGCUUUUGGGAUGGUACUCAAUGCUUAGAAAAAACAUGUUCAAAUAAACCUACUUCUUCAAUUGAUCAAACAGAAUGCGACGAUUGGUUGACUAACUGUUAAUGGAAUAGCAAUAACAAUCAAUGCGUAGAAGAUUGCUCUUAAGCUAAUAUUUCUAAUAACACUCAUUAACUAUGCGAAUCCUAUUAUUUAAAUAAAAGUUGUACUGUCAAAGUAGAUAGAAUUUAGUGUGUGGAUCUUCCCUUUUCUUGUCUUUUAGCAAAGAAAACUUAAUGCUAUAAAGAUUAAUUUGAUAAUGAAUGCUACUAUUAGGAUUCAUCAAAUCAGUGUGUUAAUUUACUAUGUUCAAAUCUGGAAGCAUCAUUUACAACCCAUGAAAAAUGUAACUAAAGAUUAAACUCUUGUACAGUAAAUAUAACUUUGAAUGGAUGUCAAGAAUUGAAUAAUUGCAGUAGCUAUUCAAUUGUAGAACAAUAAUGCGAAUGGAUAAUAAGUUCAAAUACAUGUACAAUUAAGGAAUGUUCAACUGCAUAAUUGAAUGACUAUUCAGCAAAUAGUUGUUAAUAGUAUUUUGGAGAUUCCUGUACUGUAAAUGAUACCUUGAACGGAUGCGAAAUUGGCCAAAUUCAAUGUCUAGAUUAUACAUAUAAUUAAUGUAAUAGUGAAGGCCAGAUGAAUUUAAGCGGAGUAAAUUGUUUCUGGAAUGAGAAUAAGAGUAUUUGUAUGGAGAGGAUUUGUAAGAAUGGACCUCCACUUGCCUAAUCUCAUGGUGAUUGUAUAGUGUUUCUUUCUACCUGUUAAAAAAGUAGUUGUCGUAGAAAAGAGUGUUUUGAUUACAAUUAUGCUAUUGAUUCAGCUUGUGCUUCAAUAUUUGAAGAUAAGAGAUGUGUAACUAAUGGAUAUUAAUGUAUUUUACGAGGGGGCUGUGAAGAUAUUAUUGUUAGUGAUGGUUGUACUUUUGAUAUAAAAUUAAAUGCUUGUGUUUGGAUUGAUGAAAAAUGUUAUACCAAAAGUUGUGAAACAGCAUCUGUUUCUAUAAUUGAAUAUUAGGAAUGCAAUGCAUAUUUUCCAAGUUGCACAGCCAAAUAAGGAGGAGGAUGCACUAAGAAACAAAAGUGUUAGAAUUACUAAAUUAAAGAGGCUUGUUAUACAGAUAGUGAAAAUUUAGAAUGCAUUUGGGAUGAUUACCUCAAUUAAUGCUUUUCCAAUCAAUGUAUCGAUUUCUGCGGAGAUGGUAUUAUUUCAAGCAGAGAAGAAGAAUGCGAUGAUGGCAAUUAUUUACCUUAUGAUGGCUGUUACAAGUGUCAAAUUCAAUGUCCAUUGGGAUAUUUGUGA